AUGACAUUACGUCGAUUUGGACAUUCUUGGAGAGAUAUUGAUCAAUUUUUGCAUGCUAUUGGCGGUAUGUCGGCGAAGUCGGCUCAUAAAUGGUCGUGUAUUUUAGUUGACCGAGAUCUGGAGGAAUUUUCCAUUGAGGAACGAGGUGGUAAACAAAAUGAUUCGUUCUGGAACUGUUUUCCAGAUUUAGAAUUAGAAGCUAGACAGUUCGUUAUUCAAGAAUGUUCUAAGAAAGAAGCAUCAUUUACAGCUGAAACUUUAGCAAAAUUUAUUGAUGAGCGAUUCUAUCAGUUAACUGGUACUAAUAAAAUUGAUUCAACAUUUGUUAGAUCGAUUGCGAGCUGUAGACUGUAUUUACGUCGUUUUGGAGCCAAGUAUUCAAACAAUAAAGGACGACCAUAUUUCUUAGGGCAUGAGCGAGAAGACGUCGUACGAUACAGACAAGAUUUUGUUGAAUAUUUUUUUAAUCACGAAGACAAUUAUUAUACACUAACUGAUGAUAUUCUUCCACAAUGGAUAGCUCCUAAGGCAAAUCCAACAAUUUUGUUCUGUAAGUGA